GGAGAUUAACUUUGAGCAAAAGAUUAAGCAAAUUAACCAGGAUGGUGUCUCCCGAAAUAAACAGUUGCUGCGCAGUUAGCUCCACAGCAGUCAUGAUGUAGAGCACGGAAUAACGUUUCAUGGAUCCUUUCAAAACAGUUGGGAAUUUCACGAUGCCGACAUAGCAAAACUCAACCAUGAACCAGACGGGACUCCGGAGGAUCCCCCCUGACCAGUCGUCAGGGAGUGGCCACACCUUCGGCACCCCCCGCCACCCACGCAUCAAAGACCCCAUUCUUUCAAAGAGGGUUUGCUUCUACAAAAGCGGAGAUCCUCAGUUCAGUGGUCUGCGCAUGGUCAUCAACAACCGGACCUUCAAAACCUUUGAUGCACUCUUGGACAGUCUCUCUAAAAAAGUCCCCCUUCCGUUUGGGGUGAGAAACAUCACCACCCCUCGGGGGAUUCAUGCCAUCUACACGUUGGACGAACUAGAGGAUGGGAAGUCCUACAUCUGCUCUGACAGGCGGAAGGUAACGCCCAUCAACCUGGCACUGGCCAGGAAGAAGCUGCCGCCAUGGUACCACGCCAGGCCCGCUACUGCCCGCCGCCGGGUCGUGCAGCAGGCCAGGAGUUUCCCCGGCCGCAACGUCCACAGGCAGGAGCCGGUGGUUGUGCGAACGCCAAAGAAGCUGCUGGUCUUUUGCAAUGGAGAGCCCACUUUAAAACGCAAGGUGGUGCUUCACAAGAGGACUUCGGCUAAUUUUGAGUCCAUCCUGGAAUACAUCUCGGAGCUGAUGCAGUUCCACGUGGUGAAACUUCACACACCGGAUGGCAGACGUGUUGACGGUCUUCCCGGCCUGAUAUUGUGCUCUGGGACGGUCGUGGCUGCAGGCAGGGAACCUUUCAAAUCUGCAAACUACACCUCCCAGAAAUCACCAGCCCCCACUCAGUUCUCCAACAACCGAAAGAGACAGAGAAGAUCAAAGUCUUUAAACCGUAAAAAGAAGUCCCGCUCAUAUCAUAGUUCAAAGUCGAGGAAUUUCUCCCUAUCGUCUGAGAGGUACAUCGUGAAUCGGAUCCAUAACUCCAUGGCAGGGAGUUCCUAUGACGGCCGCCUACCCACUAACCCCUCAAACUCCCUGGAGCUGGAGUCCGUAGCAGGAACAGAUGGAGCGGAGGGGCAGGGCUGCCUGCCUCCCGCUGAUGAUGACAUCGAGAAGUCUUUCCGGGUGAACCAGGACGGCAGCAUGACAGUUGAGAUGAAGGUACGCCUAACACUCAAGGAGGAGGAAACCAUCCACUGGACGACAACUCUUUCACGCUCAAAUGUCGCCAGUGAGCUUAAUGGGAGCUGUUUACCGGAGCCUGUGGCAGACGAGGAGAUCUGCUCGCCUGCAUCAGAUCCAGUGGAUUUACAAACUGCAGCUUCCUCCAUUGACAGCAUCAACAAGGACAAAACCAAAGACAAUAACGAUGAGGAUCCGCCAUCGCCGAGCAAUGGAGCUUUCAAUAGGAGCAGAAAAGAAGAGGAUAUCACCAAAGUACAGACGCACAUGUUGUCACCUACCAGAGCUCCUACACCAGGGUACAAGGAAAUUAGAAAAAAGCAAGCCUCUGUGGAGAGCGUCAUAUCCAUGACGGCUGACGGUAUUCAGGAGGGCGUGGUUGGCUCCUACUCCUACAAGGAACAGACGGAGAAUAGGGCCAUGACAGAGCAGUACUGUGUGGUCAAACAGACCAACACAAGACCGGUACCCAAACCGAGAAGACUCGGCGAUGUGGACAACAGCAACAUAAAAAGCAGGAAUAUAUCCUCAUUCAAAUCAUCGGAGAUCCUACAGAUUGAAUCCAGCGGCGAGGAGGUCACAGAAACUGUCUUGCACAUAUAUGAACAGCAGAUGUGUCAGGAUAAUUUCCUUGCAAACAUCUGUGCACAUGAUAUUCCACCUUACGGGAGGCCAGCGACUUCAGAAACAGGACAGUUCUCCUCCAAUAACGAGUUUGAUCCGGAGUUCUGGAGACCUUCGACAGCAUCUGAGUCCAUUAGCAUCUGGAAGACGGAGAACAUGUCUCUAACAUCGGAUUUGACUUUGUCAUCACUUAAGACGGGUGCGACUCAAGCAACAAAUAAUCAACAACAGCUGUCAAAGUCAACGAGAGGCAAAGACAAGCCCGAACAAAGGGAGCUCAAUAAGGGGAAGAGGAAACCCAAAGCGGGCAAAAAACGAGCUCGGCGGCUGUUGACACCCGGGAAAAGGCAAAAACAGAAUUCUUCAGGAUUUACCGAGAUGCGUGGGAAAGCGAAAACCUUCUCCAGCGCCGGGUUCAUCAAGAGAGUUUACGGGAAUAAAUCAAAAUCACCAAAAAACAAGACAAAGGCUACAAAGAGAGCAACGCAAAAUGGGGACGGGAGUGUUACAACAAAGAGCUCACAAUCGACAGAUGCCACGAUAAAAUGGAACCUAAAAAUUCCAAAUGUACCAUCGCCCCCGAAAGAAAAUCAGAGUGAGACAGUUUCUAUAGAAGCAAGCCGGCUUGAUAUUUCUUCUACUGAAGUGAGCCCACCGAGGGGAGCACUAACGCGGCAGACAUCGGUGCACCAGGAGAAAAAGAAUGAAAACAAGCCCUGUGACAUCAGCAAAAGCAAAACACUGUCCAGCUCCGGGACAAAUGAAUAUGUACAGAAGUGGCUGGAGAAAGCUCACAUUAACGCCACUUCCGGCCCAGAUGAGGAUGGUAAAAAAUCAGAAGCACAUAUCAGGAAUCAGGACUCAGAGUCAGGAUACAAUCAGGGGUUGGUCGAGGAGAAAUCUGAAAUACAACCGAGUCAAUUCCUCAGAUCUGAACCGUUGAGAACAUCCGUCAAACUGAGGGUCAAGUGUUUUGAAAACCAAUUAUCAAAUCCGUCGGGGGAGAAAGCAGCGACUCAGCGGAGAGAGGAAAUUGCUCCUUGUAAUUCCACCACUACAAGUACAAAGAACUGCACCAGUGUAGCUCAAAGGAACACAGGAGAAGUAAGCCCCCUCGUGAAUGGCACCUGCAGUGAAAGGAAUCCAAGCCCAAUCAAAAUCUCUUUGCAGAAAGCAACACCUUACAGUACAAUCUCAAUGGAGCUACUGCCGCCACCACCCCCGCCCGAUGAGUUAGCAGAGCUGAACGCUGAAUGUUGCAUGAUGGAUGUAUCGUCAGCGGCCAGCAGCCCCUUGUACCGACUCUCAUCAGUGAGCAGUCAAAUGUCAGAUAAUCAUCCAUUGUCCAUAAGUCCUACAUCUGACAAGGCCUCGUCACCCACAGGCCGCACAAUGGAAACAGUUCAGGGCGACGCUCCUUCCGCGCUGAGAGAAUUAGCAAGAGCUCCAUCAGUUAAAAGAGCCCCUCUGGUCAGCAAUCUGUCCCUUGAAAGGCAAAUGUCUCUCAGGAAAGCUUCUCUGAGCAAAUAUACUUCAUGUGCUGAGGACACAACAGCAUCCAACACCGCGGGGGAUGAUGCCAACACCGUGCUGCCAAAUGGCCUCUGUUCAACAGGGACUCACCUGCCGCUGGUAAAGACCCAGAAAUCAAACAGCAGCUCGGAUCUGAAAAACAGCCCAUCGCUCUGUACCUCCGCAUCUUCCACUAGUUUGACAUCCGGAGAGAGAAUGUCAUCAUGCAGCAUUUCACUGAGUGAGACGCCGACGCCGAGUGAUGCUCAAUUCACAGAAACGAAACCGGCAAAGACGGCUCAGAAAGAAGCAGCAUCUCCUAAACCACUGGUGAAAAAAGUGAAAAUAAUAACCAGCCCAUCUCAAAACAGAAAAUCCCAAAGCAAGAAGUUACCUUUUGACUCUUCUCAUGAUUCUCCACAGUUAUCAUCAUCAUUACGUGAGCAGCAUUCGAACAAAACUAUGUCACCAAAUAUCAAAAAACGAGAAUCCUCCCCCGCUCCUAGCCCGUCUCCUGAGAGAAGGAAGAUGCUUCACAAAGCCAAGCUGCAAAAGAGGCCAUCUCCAUAUUCUCAGUCUCUGGUCAUGGUUUCCCCGCCUGUCACAAACAUGUCAAAUAAAAAGAAGCUCUCCAGAAACCUUUCCACGGAUUACGCAUCCGAGCCUGAAAACAACACAAAAAGGAAAACGUCGUCCAGACGAAAACGCCACCAAACGUCGCAGGCGAUAAACUCCGCAGCUGAACAGGACGAAACACCGACCACGCUGGAAACAAACCAGACUGAGAGAAAAAAGACAGAUCAAGAGAAAUCUGUGACACAAACUCAGUUGCCACAGUUAAACAUUGCAAACCAACCAAACACGAGACCUGUGCUGGAGCAGAUUUGCCGCUCAAUAAAAUCAAUCAGACAAAUCACACAGAACCAACACUCCUCCUGUGUGGAGAAGUCCAACAGCCCGCCCGACUUCUCCUCUCACGUAGCCUCCACGUUUGGCUCCUCAUCCAAAGCUCUCCUUGCUUUCCUGUCCAUCAUGACCCUAAAUGAAGGAAUAAAUAUCUCUGACAGGGACCAGCUGAACGCAAACGUCAGCUGUGCCGAGGCUUUAAAAAUGAUCGACUCCCUCCGAGAGAUUGCCAAUAUCGAGGAUUCCCAAAAGAUAAAGGCUAGUUUGUGCAAUUUGCAGAGGUCGACUUCACAGCAGCUCCUGCAAAGCUGGAGGGGCUUUCAGGAACUCAGCGACAAAUGCAAGAGUUGCAGCUUGACUCCAAAUGAUUCACAAGAGCUCAUAGUAAACAAGGUCAUAGAUCAGAUCAUAGACAACCUCGACAUACCCAAGAAGCUCAAAGAGGAAUUAAUGUCUCUUUCCGAGAGAGUUGAUGAAGGAAGUAUGUCGACCAGGUUCAUAGAAAAAGCUGAACUGUCACAAAAAGAAAACAGAGAUUCUAAAAUGUCUCACUGCUCCGGAGAAGCAGCUAGUGUUAGUGAAGAUGAGAAAACUAAUGUCGAUGUGAGGUCCAUGAUUAAGAAAUUCGCAAAUGUUAACCAGCCAAAACAAUCUGAAAUGCACGAUAUUCCUCUGAGAACAGAAUCACUGAAACAUAAACCACCAGCGGAACUUAAAGAUAAGCAGGUAACUGAGGAAACGCAGCUUCACAGGCACAUUGAAGACAAACUAAGUCAGGAAACGGCAAACAUGAGCAUCAGCAGCACAAAAACCCCUGAGGUAGCGCGUAGGAAGCUGCAGAUGCAAAGUGAGGGGAGCACGAGUAUCCCAGAGAGUGGGCACACUACUGAUGAAGAGUCAGGAGCAGGUGAGGAAGGGCGGAACGCAUCAAGUAUCAGUAAAGAUGAAGAGAGCUGUAGGCAAAGUUUGUGUAGCUCAGACGCAGGUGAAGGACAUAGCUGCUUAGACGAGGAAGAGCAAACUCAACAGAGCUCUAAUUACUAUGUAGAGCUAAGUGUUAGGAAGGAGAGCGUCUCCAGUCCAGAUAGUAGGAACCUAAGGUUGUCAGAGGAAGAACGACCAGAGGAACCAGAGAUUCAAAACCCUCGUCAGGGAACGGAAAUCAGUGUUGACGAAAGUGCAGGUUACUCAGAUGCAGACGAGCCAACGACGUCAGAGGAAGAGCAGCUGGAGUUUGAACGCAAUGAAUUAAAGGUUAGAAGUGAGGAAAGUUUGUCGGGUAUUGAGGAAGAGAAGGAGAGUAUUGACGAGGAGGCUCAACUUAAUUAUCGGCCAGAUCCUGAGGAAGUUAAAUGGAACAAGCUACAGGCUUUGAUAGGGGAAGUUGAGGAGAUUAGCUCAGAGGAUGAGGACCCCAAAAAUGACCACAGCAGCUUGUUAAACUCUGACAGUUUAGCCGAGCGUGAGAGAUUUAGUGCAGAUGAGCACGGCAGGUGCGAAGAGCAAGUAGAGAUGGAGCAAGCAAAUACUGCACGUGAGCAAAUCAGGAGCUCAAGUGAAGAGGAACUAAGCUUCUGUGAGAAAGAGUCCAGCUCAGAGAAGGAAGAACAUCGGGAAACUCCUGUAGCAAAGGAUAGAAUGGUUGUGGAAAAAGUCAAACUUGAGUCUGAGGAAAUCAUUUCCCAGUCUGUUGCAGAGAGGAUAAUCCUCCUGGAAAAGCAAGUUGCAGAUGCACAGAAGAGGAAAAGUGUGGCAGAGAGUCCUGCUCUCAAACAUGUUCCUCAAAGAAAUGUCCACCUGGAGUCGGACGUUGAAGAAUCACCAUCUGAAUCUCUCUGCACCCGAUCAGCCCCUCAGUCGUCUUUGUCUUUCAGCUACGAUUCCAGCGGCGUCAUCACCACGGAGCCCGAGGGCAACCGGGUCAGAUCCAUCAGGGAAAUGUUCUUAGCAAAGAGCGCCACGGACAAUCGGCAAGGACGGCAACGUUUCCAGAGCCCAAACCCAUCAGAUCUGUCCGAGCUAAGAGCGGACACAUCAACGAGCGCCGGCUAUCAGUCUCAGACUUCAAUCGAGCUGUCCAGUGGUGAAGAUGACUCGGCACGGAAAUCUAUCACGAAAGGCUUUGUGAGGAGAACAAUCGAGAGGCUUUAUGGCAAGAAAGAUCCUGAGGAGAAGGCUAGCGAGAGACCACCAUCUGCCCCGAAACAGAAAAAGAAAGAGCAUUCAAGCAUUUUCUCUCCCUUCCACUCAGCGCGGACCAAAGCCAUGACUGAGUUGUCUUAUUUCAAUUCCACCAACGUCCUGGACUCCUUGACCGAAGCGACGGGAUGCAUUGCUUUCAAUGCACAAGUUGGGCCUGGAGACAGUGUUCCCAAUGAUAAUGGACCAUGGCUCCUCAGAGAGAACACGCUGAUCAGAAAAUCUGUUUCAGAGCCGGUGGCGAUAAACAAAAUACUCGCCAACACUCCACCGGACGAGGAAAUGUGUGAGGGCAGAGAACAGAACGCCCCGAACCCACUCGACAGCACGACGUCCGAACCGGAGGACAAGAUAAAGUCACUGUCGAGGAAGUGCACCUACUUUUCUCUGCCGCACGCCAGCGACUCAGAUGUGUGUCAGGACGACACGAGGCCGGCGAGUAAGAACAGCGUGAGCGGUGACAGCAUCGCAAUAGACACCUCGGAGAACGCCAAAACAUGGGGGGAGAGGAACGGCAUCCUCCCCGCUGGUGGCAUUACAGACUUUAGAAUGAUGGACAACAAAGUUCACCCACUGCCAGAGGUUCCAUCUGACGGUGAGGUCGUAGUGGUGCAGCCUGGGAGAGGUCAGGGGGUCAUGAACAGGAGGCUUCAGGAGCCUGAUGUGUUGGACUUGCUGUAUAAUUUCUGUGGUGAGCACUGUCCCAUCCUGUGAAGACACAUCGCUCAACAGAAAUCAGACACACGAGGACAAAUGACUAUUUUUUUUGGUCGAAGUGAAGUGUACAUUGUUAGGCUACAGUAUAUGUAUAUAUAUUUUUGGUGCCUACCGUUUGAUGUUGCCAUAACCUUGGCGUAAUACACGAUCAUAUGUCAACUCAGCUAACUACACAAUGCGUCAAGCAUACACGAGCCAAUGGAUUAAGGUUUAUUCAUACGUGACCGUUUAUGUUGAGAGCUUGUGACUUGUCAGUUCAUGCUCCGUGAUCAGUGUAAAAAUAGUCGGAUGUUUAGAUCUUUUUGUGGUACCACCAUGAUUGUGUAUUUGCCAUGCGCACUCCAGAGCAGCUCUUACCUUCUUAUAGGUCGCCUGUCACCAGAACAAACACCCAGAGCAUUACCGUAAUCUCGUUGUAAAACUAUUAAAACAGAUCAAGUCCCCGCAGAUGUCAGGCAACGAGGCCAAUCCCCGCCGCACACAGGGAGCGGGUCAGUCAGUGGUCGCAGAUCAGGUUCAGGGCAAAAUGGCGACGUUUUCCUUACGGUUUAAAAAAAAGGAACUGAAAUGGAAACAGCUUGUGUGACAGUUAUAGAAAACUCUCAGUAAGUACUUUAAAAAUCCUUUUGUAUAUCGGUUGGUGUAAAGUGUAAAGAAGAUAUUUAUUGAUUUUCACUGAGUAGCCCUAGUGUAUCACAAACUCACAAUAAAAUCACCUCUAUAGGAUAAAAGGUUUUAUUGUUUACAAUGUGGCAGCUGUGACAAUUUUUGUCUAUUUAAAUUUACGUGUAAGAAUAAAAGUGUGUAUUUACAAA